GUGUCAAAGCGCAAAAGAAGGAGCACAACGAAAGAUGUUGAGAUGGAAGAAUGUGGUAGCACUAUGGAGACGGAAGUGAAUGGGAAUAGUGAAGAAGCAUCCCCACGACGUACCAAAAGGUCCAAAGGAGAGAAGGGUGAAAUGCGCAAAAUUCCUGUGCCGAAGCAUCGUUACACUCCGCUGAAAGAUAACUGGGUCAACAUUUUCACUCCGAUUGUGAAGAACUUAGGAUUACAAAUUAGGUUCAAUAUGAAAACAAGGAACGUUGAGAUAAGGAAUCCUGAGAAUAAAGAAGAUACUACGGAUCUGCAGAAGGCAGCUGACUUUGUACGUGCGUUCGUGCUCGGAUUCGAUGUUGCCGAUGCCCUCGCGUUAAUCCGGCUUGAUCAUCUGUUCCUUGAGACAUUCGAGGUGGCUGAUGUGAAGUCAUCGUUGAAAGGCGAUAAUCUCAGCCGGGCCAUUGGCCGAAUAGCAGGAAAAGAUGGGAGGACGAAACUUGUUAUAGAAAACGUUACAAAAACUAGGAUAGUGUUGGCGGACACGAGGAUCCAUUUGCUGGGAGCAUUUCAGAAUCUAAAACUUGCCCGAAACGCAAUAUCCAGUCUUAUCUUAGGGGCGCCGCCAUCAAAAGUCUAUGGGAAUCUGCGUAAUUUGGCGUCCCGUUCCAGUGAACGGCUAUAA